AGUUCUUUUUUUUUUUUUUCUUUUUGUUCUUAAAGAUUGAGAAAUGAAGAUGAAGAACAGAACCCAUUAUUCAAAAGAACCGUUCUUGCUCUCUGGCCUUCUGAGUUUAUGGGACAGGCUUUAAAUAAAACAAAUGCCCCUCUCAGCCUCUCUCUGACACUGCCUACUCUCAAUUAAUCCUUCUUUUUCUUUUCUUUUCUUUUGAAUUUUCACAUCACUCAGUGGGAUUUUCAAUUUUUAUUUGUUGCAGAAAAACCCAGAGAGAGAGAGAGGGAGAGAAAGUUGGGAAGAGGAAUUAGCCACCUGGCUCUUGGAUUGCCAUUGGAUAUUUGUUUUCUUGUGUUUAUAAUACUUUCUCUGUCCACGUCUUUUGCUUUUCUUUCUGUGGGUUUUGGUUUUGGAUUUUCUUUUUUCCUCGAAAUUGGUGUUUUUGUGUGAUAAAGAGCAGAGGACUCUGUUCAUGCUCUUCUUCAACCUGUGUGCUUUGAGGAAGAAGCAGAGCACUAACUGAUGAAGGAGAGAGGAGGCUCUCUUGGAGGAGAGAGCCUGCCCGGUAAAAACACUAACAACACCAACACCGCUCAAGAAGAAGACCAAGACGACCCUCAAAUUUGCUGCUAACUUCCCUUUUUUCUCAGUCAAAAAAUUUCAGUCCUUGAGGCUUUUUUUUGGUGGGUUUUGAAUCUUUCUUUGUUCCAGUUCGUUUCAAAAGGUUCAUGGCGCUUGUAAUGCACAAAGACUCAUCAAACCAACAGAUGGAUACGAGCAAAUACGUACGGUAUACACCUGAACAAGUUGAGGCAUUAGAGAGAGUCUAUGCAGAAUGUCCAAAGCCCAGUUCUCUUAGAAGGCAGCAGCUCAUUAGAGAGUGUCCAAUCCUUUCUAAUAUUGAGCCCAAACAGAUCAAAGUUUGGUUUCAAAACCGCAGAUGCCGGGAGAAGCAGAGGAAGGAAUCUUCUCGACUCCAGAGCGUAAACCGAAAGUUGUCUGCGAUGAACAAGUUGUUGAUGGAGGAGAAUGACCGUUUACAGAAGCAGGUGUCCCAUUUAGUGUAUGAGAAUGGAUUUAUGCGCCAGCAACUUCAUAGUACAUCUGGGACGACUACAGACAACAGCUGUGAGUCUGUAGUCAUGAGCGGUCAGCCCCAACAACAGCAAAACCCAAAUCCUCAGCAUUCUAACAGGGAUGCAAACAACCCAGCUGGUCUUCUUGCAAUAGCCGAGGAGACCCUGGCAGAGUUCCUUUCCAAGGCUACAGGAACUGCUGUCGACUGGGUCCAGAUGAUUGGGAUGAAGCCUGGUCCGGAUUCUAUUGGAAUCGUUGCUGUUUCCCGCAACUGCAGUGGGGUAGCAGCGAGAGCCUGUGGUCUUGUUAGUCUAGAGCCAAUGAAGGUUGCCGAAAUUCUUAAAGAUCGCCUUUCAUGGUAUCGUGACUGUCGCUGUCUUAAUGUUUUUAGUGUAAUCCCUACUGGAAAUGGGGGAACAAUAGAGCUCAUAUAUAUGCAGACUUACGCUCCAACAACAUUAGCAGCUGCACGUGACUUCUGGACCAUGAGAUAUACAACAAGUUUAGAAGAUGGCAGUCUAGUGGUCUGUGAAAGGUCAUUAACUACUUCAAGUGGUGGUCCAGCAGGGCCUCCGCCAUCUACUUUUGUGAGAGCUGAAAUGCUUCCUAGUGGUUAUCUAAUACGAGCAUGCGAGGGUGGUGGAUCUAUUAUUCACAUUGUUGACCACAUUGAUUUGGAUGUUUGGAGUGUCCCUGAAGUUCUUAGACCGCUUUACGAGUCAUCCAAGAUCCUUGCUCAGAAAAUGACGAUCGCUGCAUUGCGUCACAUUAGACAAAUUGCACAAGAGACUAAUGGAGAGAUCCAAUAUAGCGGGGGACGUCAACCAGCUGUAUUACGAACGUUUGGUCAGAAACUCUGCAGGGGUUUCAACGACGCUGUUAAUGGGUUUGUGGAUGAUGGUUGGUCAGCUAUGAGCAGUGAUGGUUUGGAGGAUGUGACAAUUGUCAUAAACUCAUCAGCAAACAAGUUACCUGGGUCACAGUAUAAAACGUCUAUGUAUCCCUCUUUUGGUGGAGUGAUGUGUGCAAAAGCAUCAAUGUUGCUUCAGAAUGUGCCUCCUGCUUUGCUUAUUCGAUUCUUGAGGGAGCAUCGAUCUGAAUGGGCUGAUUAUGGAGUUGAUACCUACUCCGCCGCAAGUUUAAAAGCCAGUCCAUAUGCUGUUCCAUGCGCAAGGCCGGGUGGUUUCCCUAGCAACCAGGUUAUUUUGCCUCUUGCUCACACUGUGGAGCACGUAGAGUUUCUGGAGGUGGUUCGGCUGGAGGGCCUUGCAUUCUCCCCUGAAGAUGUUGCUUUGGCUGGACGAGAUAUGUACUUAUUGCAGCUCUGUAAUGGAGUUGAUGAGAAUGCAGUUGGAGCUUGUGCUCAGCUUGUGUUUGCGCCUAUAGAUGAAUCUUUUGCCGAUGAUGCUCCUUUACUUCCUUCUGGUUUUCGUGUCAUACCCCUGGAUCCAAAAACGGAUGAGCCCACUGCUAAUCGAACAUUGGAUUUGGCUUCUACUCUUGAAGUCGGUGCCAACGGUGCACGCUCUGGUGGUGAAGCUGAUUUGAGCACCUACAACCUCCGGUCGGUCUUGACUAUUGCCUUCCAGUUCACUUUUGAGAAUCACUUACAGGAAAAUGUGGCUGCUAUGGCUCGACAAUACGUUCGUAGCGUUGUGGGGUCUGUUCAGAGGGUUGCUAUGGCCAUUGCCCCAUCACAGUUGAGUUCCAAUAUUGGACUAAAACCCCUUCCUGGUUCUCCUGAAGCUCUUACUUUGGGUCGAUGGAUUUGCCGAAGCUACAGGAUCCAUGUUGGAGCUGAGCUCCUUCAAGCCGAUUCCCAGUCUGGGGAUGCCAUGUUGAAGCAGCUCUGGCACCACUCAGAUGCAAUCAUGUGUUGCUCCGUCAAAGCCAACGCAUCUGCUGUGUUCACCUUUGCCAACCAGGCCGGUCUGGACAUGCUUGAAACCACUCUUGUUGGCCUGCAAGAUAUAAUGCUCGACAAAAUUCUCGACGAAGCGGGUCGGAAGAUCCUCUGUUCUGAAUUCCCCAAAAUAAUGCAGCAGGGAUUCACAAAUCUGCCAUCUGGCAUUUGCAUAUCGAGUAUGGGUCGUCCUAUUUCUUACGAGCAAGGCGUUGCCUGGAAGGUUCUAAAUGAUGAUGAUUCCAAUCACUGUCUGGCUUUCAUGUUCAUAAACUGGUCUUUUGUGUGAUGGCGAAGGACAUGACUCUAGUGGGAUUUGUAAUUUCAACUUAGACAUAUAAUGCCUUUGGUUUGACUGCAGGACUUUUUGCUUUGGACCCUUUUGUUUCAAACUUAGACACCCAUGUCUUAAAGUCGUUCAUUUCAUGAACUCUAUUAUAUGCUAAUAUGAUGGCUACAUCUUCUGCUUAAGGA